AUGUGGUAUAAUUGGCCUGCUGGAGUUGUCAACCUCACAGAAGGGUGUGCAUCCACGACAUCCGUGAGCGCGAAUUGGACUAUACCAAAGAGAGCGGUCGACCGUUUCAGCAUCUCAUGUAGCGAUGGUGAUGCAUCCCCAGCGACCAUUGAAGACACCAGCCAGUCAUCUUACGUUGCGUCUUGCGUUAAUCUGACGGUACCAGGCGAUACGUACAAUAUGACUGUGUACAGUAUUGUGGAUAGUUGCGCUACUAGUACUUCAUCUUCCAUCGACCUGGUUGCAUGGCCUGCUGGAGUUGUCAACCUCACAGAAGGGUGUGCAUCCACGACAUCCGUGAGCGCGAAUUGGACUAUACCAAAGAGAGCGGUCGACCGUUUCAGCAUCUCAUGUAGCGAUGGUGAUGCAUCCCCAGCGACCAUUGAAGACACCAGCCAGUCAUCUUACGUUGCGUCUUGCGUUAAUCUGACGGUACCAGGCGAUACGUACAAUAUGACUGUGUACAGUAUUGUGGAUAGUUGCGCUACUAGUACUUCAUCUUCCAUCGACCUGGUUGCAUGGCCUGCUGGAGUUGUCAACCUCACAGAAGGGUGUGCAUCCACGACAUCCGUGAGCGCGAAUUGGACUAUACCAAAGAGAGCGGUCGACCGUUUCAGCAUCUCAUGUAGCGAUGGUGAUGCAUCCCCAGCGACCAUUGAAGACACCAGCCAGUCAUCUUACGUUGCGUCUUGCGUUAAUCUGACGGUACCAGGCGAUACGUACAAUAUGACUGUGUACAGUAUUGUGGAUAGUUGCGCUACUAGUACUUCAUCUUCCAUCGACCUGGUUGCAUGUUAGUAUCACCAAAAAUCCAUAAUAAU